AUGGAUGGUACCACGAACCUGACCGAUCUAGACGUGUCAUCAAGCUCCAAGACGCUCCAGCUGGACCAAUCUCAACCCCCGACUCCAGAUGGCACGGGACGCCCUGUCAACUUCCAAGUCAUUGCCCCUGGGCUCUACCGAUCGAGUUAUCCCCAGUACGCACAUUUUGACACCCUCGCCGAGCUGGGGCUGAAGACCAUUGUGACGCUGGUCUCGGGCACCAUCCCCGUCGACUAUCAGAUGUUUAUGACUUCGCAUGGCAUUACGCAUUACACCAUCCCCAUUCUCGCCAACAAGGACCCAGAAGUCUACACGCCAGAUACGGUCGUCUGCAAGGUGGUCGAACUUAUGCUGGACCGGGCCAACUACCCUAUGCUGAUCCACUGCAACAAAGGCAAGCACCGAAGCGGUUGCAUCACGGCCGCAUUCCGCAAGGUGACAGGAUGGACCCUGGAUGCUUGCCUGGAGGAAUACGAGUUGUAUUCCAAACCCAAGAGUCGCGAUUUGGACAAGGUGUUUAUUGCUCGCUUCGACCCAUCUCCGUUGAAGCAUCUCGCCAUCGACCGAGGAUACGUUGGUGGCGUCUAUCGACAACCCGUGCGUACCUCGACCAAAUCUUCCAUCUACACCAACAACACCCUGGAGACGGUUUAUACGACUCCUGACGAUCCAUCCCUCGAUUUCCACGAUCCCAUGCGGAAAGAACGUGACACCCUUGUGGUGCCGGUGAAGGUGGGGUUGUCCGACUAG